AUUAUCCACUCCUCAGGCCAACAUUCUUGUCCUGUGCGCGUCGGAGACGCGCUCACCAAAGGCUACAUCAUUUGGGUCUAACAAAACAAACAGGUUUUCAGCGCUUACGCUUUCUCCAGAGGUCUCAUCGUUAUUUGAAAAUAUAAUUUUAGGGUAGAGGGGAGAAUAAAAGACUGAGAAGACUGCGUGCAUAGGAGCAACUUACAACCGGCUUUAGUUCAGCUGGGGGGCGGGAAGAGCUUCCUCAGCAGUUGAUGCGCGCGGUCAGAAGGAACAGGUGGAACAUUCCGUUGUCCAACUUCAAGAGAACAACAUCACAACCUCUCCAAAGAAGGUGGGUGUAGCGUUUAAGGCGGAGUCAGCACACAACAGCCCACGUCAGACCAGCUUCUUCUCAUCGAGGGGCAAACAGUUGCACAAUACAGUCCUUCCAUUUCCCGGCUGGAGUAAGGACUGCCUCGUACGGACGUUUGGAUGCAUCUUUCACUGGACACCAUGAACAUGGUGGACGACAGCUGCCUCUCCCCCAACAACUUCCACGACAUGUUGAAGGGAGGGGUGGCGGUCGGGGGCCGCGUCCACAGCAUCGAUGUCAUCCUGGGAUUCAGUAAGGACCAGGACCCCCUUCUCAGCCCCCAGGGCCACCAAGGGCCCCACAAGGAGGGUUUGGAGGACCUUGGGGAGCCGGGGAAGCAGGAUGGGUCCCCACACCCGUAUGGGCAGCUGACCUCCUUGAGGGGCAGCGCGGAGCAGAACUACCAUGAAACGGAUCUGUUCUCCAACAAGUGUGACGGGGAGUUUGGGGAGUUGAGGAAGAGUGCGGAGAGCGACGACGGGAGGUCCCCGGAGCCCUGCGAAAAAGAGCAACCCAAGAAGAAGCACCGACGCAACCGCACCACCUUCACCACGUACCAGCUCCACGAGCUGGAGCGAGCCUUCGAGAAGUCCCACUAUCCUGACGUCUACAGCCGCGAGGAGCUGGCCAUGAAGGUCAACCUGCCGGAGGUCAGAGUUCAGGUGUGGUUCCAGAACCGCAGGGCCAAGUGGCGGCGUCAGGAAAAGAUGGACGCUAGCACCAUGAAGCUCCACGACUCCCCCAUGCUCUCCUUCAACCGCCCCCCGCCCAUGCACCCCAACAUGGGGCCCAUGUCCAACUCCCUCCCCUUGGACCCCUGGCUCACCUCGCCCCUAUCCAGCGCCACCCCCAUCCACGGCAUCCCCAGCUUCAUGGGUCCUCCCCAGGGUCUUCAGCAGGCCUACACCAGCCAUGGUUACCUCAACAGCCCCCCUCCACCCAUGGGGCAGAGCAUGCAGGCGAUGCCUCCCCCACCCUACCAGUGCCAGGCAUCCUACUCUGAUAAGUACCCCCUGGAGGAUGUGGACCAGCGUAGCUCCAGCAUCGCCGCCCUGAGGAUGAAGGCCAAGGAACACAUUCAGUCCAUGGAUAAAACAUGGCUACCCAUGUGAUUCCAAACACUAUGGAUUUGAAGAACUGAAACUGUCGGGGCAGACUGAAAUGAGGAGCCAUUUGUAUUUUGAAAAUAUGUAAAGACUGCAGAGGUAGUCAUAAUAGAUUUGUAAUAUGGUAAGCGUUUGUAAUGGGACCCUUGACGCGGAAAUACAGUAGCUGUGUUUUUCUUGAAUGACAUGAUGAAAACCAGAGAAAUCUGAAAGGGAGACUUACAUUUUUUUGUACCGAUUUAAAGAAAGCUGUUUAACCUGAAGCUAGUACAAAGUAGCUCAAGCUGGGAUUCUAUCGGAUCCGUUUCUACUGGGAACCUUUUGAGAAAAUCAUCUAGAAGUUGUUGAUCAUGGUUCCGGGUCCAAGAUGCCUCGAUAGUGACCUGAAGUCCUCAGGAGAGGGGGCCCACAGACAGGAAGUCCACAAAUCCACCCUCCUCUCUCUGUUUAUCUGUCGGAUAUAUACAGUAGGCUUAUUCUCAUGGUCCCGGAGCCCUCUCCCUCUUUAGUGAAGGGGGGCGAUCACGGUGGCUUUCACCUCGACUCAGCUGUUGAAAGUAGAGGUAUGCCCAGAGAGAGACAUCGCUGACAAUGUCGUGAGGCGCUAUCUAGGUCAGGCGUUGCUAGCUCAAAGUUCCCACAGCUGUACAGUAGCCCCGGAGCCAUGGGAGGUGUUCGAAAGUUCAGGUCAUGGAUGAGAGGCGUUUGGCUGAGAUCCAAGGUCCCGUUCGGCUCAAGACAUACUCGUCCCGCUAUAAUUUGGGAUGAGAGACACACCUCUUUAACGCCUAUUUUAUCAUUUAAUUAACAUAGAGGUGGUUAAGAUCCCUUGUUCAAGAAUCAGACUGGCGUGAAACCACACACAGAUACUGGAACACCCUGAAAGUGGUUGUUUGAUCCUUUCCUUUGAAAACAGUAAGGUCUUAUUAGUUGAGGACAGAAAUAUGUUUGCAGGCCUGUAAUUACAAAUAAUUGCAUUCAUACCUGCAAGGGGACAGAAGAUGAAUGUCAUUUGAAACUGUGUUAAAUUUUCAAUCAUUUCAACUUUCAAUUUGAGCUUAAACCAAAUGCUUCCAGGGGUACUUUGUAAAGCAUUGACAACACUUGGUUAUGUUGGAAUGAUUUGAUCUGUUUCUCUGAAAUUUGACUCGCAAUCCAAAUACACUCAUCCCAUUGACAAGAUAUUAAAAUCCGAAGACUCUGACCCAGAGAACGGACCUAGGUCCAGAUCCACACCCUUCCCUAUCGUUUCCAAAGGCAGCACUGACUCACUAGAUCCUAUACCUCACGAGUAUAACCCCUCCGUUAUCAGGGAUCUGGAACCUUCCGUCUUGCCAGCAGUGUGACUGGAAAACCUGUUGGCAGCUAACUGCUGGGUGACUGGGCGUACGUGCAGGGCAGCAGGUGGAUUGUUGUCUGGUGUGUCCCCAGUAUAGCUUCCCCCGUGUUGGGCUCUGUGGAUCCGAGCCAGCCUGCUUUGUCAGUUACUGGGAGCUACUGGCGGUCACAGACACACCAUGCAGGCCUCUGUGACUAUUGGUAAUGAAAAGAGCUGUUGGAAUUCUGUAUUAGAUAGAGUGUAUGGUUUCCUUUGUGGUAGUGUGGUGUGUGUGUGUGUGUGUGUGUGCGUGCGCGUGUUGGGGAUAAGACUAUAUUUCUUUUUAAUAUGGAACCACAAACACCCCACAAAGGUGUUCACUUUGUUUAUGAUCAUAGAUAGUCCAACAGUUUCCAAUGGGCUGUGUUCAUAGACCAAUAAAUCACUGGUUAUUAUAGUAAAGAUCAUUAAAACAAAUGUCCCACUCUAUCUUCAGGUCACUAAGGGCUAUGGAGGAAUAUCAAAUAGUGCUGUCAAAUAACUUAGCAUUGUAAUAUUGAAGAAGAUAAUGUCACCCAUGUUUAUAUGUUUUUAAAUGUAAAUUACUGUAUACCCAAUUGAAUGUCAUUUGAAGGAAAAUGUGGAUAUGAUGUGUUGAAUAUGUUGAAUCUCAUGUUGGAGGAGUGGGGGGAGAACUUUCUUCCUUCCUUCAGAUACAAGUGCAAUUCAUGUAGACAGAAGACUUACCCAAUCCCUACAGGCAACAGCACUGCUAGACCAGUCUGAUUAGUUUUGCUCCAAUUACUUUUUAAACGCCCAUAAAACUCACUUCAGAACUCUGGGUUCGUUCAAGUCUUAUUGUCUCAGCGACGGCCCACAGUGUUGGCUCAGUUGGCUCAACCCGUUUUCUUCCUGGACCUUCCCGAAUUCUCCUCAUGGUUUGUCAUCUCUGUAGCCCUUCUUCAGACUUCAGUCUUCUCAGGUUUUGUCAGAAGCACAAGUCCUACCAAGGCACCUGUUGAAGCCCGCACAACUGUUUAGCUCUGCAGGUCUUGUACAGCACCAAGACGAAGCCAAAGUUUAGACGGUAUUAUGGGCAGAAAAUGCACUACAAACCUGUCAAGUGAAUAUUCUUUUUUUUCUCCAGAAUAAACAGGAGCUUUUGGGCCCUGUGUAAACCCUGUGUAAUAGUUCUGUUCGUUGCCUGUUUUAGUUAGGUCACUGUUGGUUUAUUAAUAUGAUUUAUUGUACGUCUGUGUCCAUGUUCUACAGAAAUGAAAAUCUACUGAAAAUAAACAAAUAUAGUUUGAUAGAA